UCAGUGUAAACAGGUUUCUUAAUGAUAAAACAACAACACAGCUAAAACCAUUCACUGCUGUGUGUUAUUAUAAACUGUGAAAUGUUUGACUUCACAUCAGAAUACAUUAUUUUAAGAACACAUCGUCAGUUUUGGCUGCAGGAAUUUGGCGAACAUUUACUAAUUUUGUCCCUCCGUGCUGACCGUAGGAGUUUGUUUUGACUUCAGAGUGCUCUUCACGUUGAGCAUGCGGAGCUAGACUGUACUUUGCCCAUUGCAUUAAAGCAUGCAAUCAGUCUUGACCCUACUAAAACAUUAUUACUGGACGUGCAGUACGGGAAUUGUGUAUCAAACGAGAGCUAUCAUCAGACUUCUCCAUGGGUUUACUGAGUGUUGGUCAGCUUGCGUUGAGAGCUGUCAGAUGCAACUUAAGUCCCUUUGCAAAACCCAAAUCAUGGCUGUCCACCAAAGCCUCCCAGCUGGGGAACAAGAACAUCCUGCUCAUGGGUGCUCCUGGAGCUGGGAAGACCACCGUGGGCAGGAUAGUGGCUCACAGAUUGGGACUCCCUGCCAUUGACGUGGAUGAUGAUAUCUUAGAGAUAACAUGGCAGAUGCCUGUCGCUACUAAGCUGGCUGCAGUUGGUGGUGAUCGAUUCCUAGAGGAGGAAGGCCGAGCUCUGUGUAACUUCUCUGCUUCCGGAUGUGUUGUCUCCCUCACAGGCUCCAACCCUCUUCACUCUGCUGCAAUGCAGCAUAUCACAGAAUCCGGACUGGUUGUCUACCUUGACGUGGACAGUGAGGACAUCAUACAGAGGCUAACCAGGAUGAAGGUGAACAGGAUUGUGGGUCAGGAGACGGGGGUGUCCAUGAGAGACAUUCUGCUUUACAGGAAGCAGUUUUAUGAGAAGUGGGUGGAUGUGAGGGUGCUGUGUGGGAUGGGGGACACGGUGGAAGAGGUGGCUGAGAAGGUCCUGAAGGCUGUAGAGAGAUAUCAGAACCACGCUGAGGAAAGCUACGUGUCAACGAGGAGUGAUGAAUCAUCCAAUCACAAAUCGUACUUUAGUGAUGUGGUAAUUGAGGGCCUUGCCACAGAUGGAGGCCUCUAUGUUCCCAAGAAUGGUUUCCCACACAUGAGUGUUUGUGAGUGGCUCAGACUUGUAGACUUUUCAUACCCAGAGAGAGCAUUAGUGUUACUAGAAAAGUGCAUCCACCCGUUGGAAAUUUCUGCUUCUGAUUUAAGGAAAAUGAUCUUCAAAGCAUACGGGUCGAACUUCUCAAGUGAGGCAGUAGCACCUGUGAAACAUCUCAUGAAUAAUCAGUACGUCCAGGAGCUUUUCCACGGCCCGACAGCCUCAUUUAAAGACCUCGCCUUGCAGCUCAUGCCACAGCUGUUUGCCUACUGCCUCCCUCAAAUGUGUAACUACCUCAUUCUGGUGGCAACGUCAGGCGACACAGGGAGUGCAGUGCUCAGUGGUUUUAAUGGGCUCGCUGGCGCAGACAGACACAGGACUGGGGUGCUGGUGUUCUUCCCAGAAGAAGGUGUGAGUGAGAUCCAGAAGCUUCAGAUGACGAGCUACAGGGAGGGAAACGUCAGAGCUGUCAGCGUUCACUCAGACUUCGACUUCUGCCAGAGAUCCAUAAAGAGGAUGUUCGGAGAGUCUGGGCUGACUGGGCACCUCGCUGUGGAGUACGGGACGGUCCUCAGCACUGCCAACUCCAUCAACUGGGCUCGGCUGCUGCCACAGGUGGUCUAUCACUCCUCAGCCUAUCUGGAUCUGUGCAGAGAUGGAGUCAUAAAGUUUGGGGAGCCCAUCGAUGUUUGUAUCCCCACUGGUAACUUUGGUAACGCCAUGUCAGCUGUGUACGCCAAGCAGAUGGGCAUCCCGAUAAGAAAAGUCAUCUGCGCGUCCAAUCACAACUGCAUCAUCACAGACUUCAUCACCACAGGAGAGUACGACCUCCGAGGGCGGCCUCUGAUCUCCUCUCACUCUCCUGCUAUAGAUAUCCUGAAAUCCUCCAACCUGGAGCGGUUCCUGCAUCACGUCUCACACGGAGACGGCCUUCUUGUCAGGGAUCUGUUCUCUCGUUUGGACCGAGAACAGCACUUCCAGGUUCCUGAGCCUCUUCUCAGCAGGAUGCAGCAGGAGGUGCAGGCCGGCUGGUGCUCCGAGGACGACUGCUUGGCCGCCAUACGGAGCGUUCACACUCAGACGGGCUACGUCAUGGACACACAUACUGCCGUGGCUAAAGUGGUGGCGGACAGACUGCAGGACGGCUCAUGCCCCGUGGUGAUCUGCUCCACCGCGCACUACGGGAAGUUCGCCCCCGCUGUGUUCAAAGCCUUACAAAUCCAGAAUAUUCCAGAGGAUCCCGUGGAGCAGCUGAGGACGCUCGCAUCGACCGCGAAGAGACCCGAAAUACACGGACACAUGGUGAAACGCCUGCUGGAGAGCGGCGUGAGAGGACACACGGUGUGUCAGGCAGAGUACAGUGUGCUGGUGGAUGAGGUGGAGGCCAUGAUACAGGACUCCUUCCUGAAAGUUAUGUAGGAUUAUUUUAAGUCUAUCCUAAUUUAUAAGGAUGUAAGAUAACACUCAACCCACGACUGGAUAAGAAUCCCGAUAUAUGGUUCACGAUACGACUCACUCACGAUUCUCUAACGAUUUUCAAGAAAACUGGAUUGAACUCAAAAUUUAAAUAACUAUUAUUUUAUUUCAAUUCUCAGAUAUCGACAGUUGCAAUAUAUAUUUUUUCUCUUAUAUUUCUUUGUAAACAAAGUAAUCCUUUUUCAUUUUUAAGGUGUGUUGUAACUCAAAUAAAACCACUGCACACUUUUUUUCAGUACCUUGCAAAAAAACUAAAAAUGACCGUACAGAAAAACCUUGCUGGAAAAUUUCAGGACAAUUAUAAAGAAAUUGAAAGUGAACGAUUCCCAAAUGAAAGUAUUAAAUAUUAAAACAAAUAAGGUAGAUGUCUUUAAAUUAGGGAUGUAAAUUUCAAGUAUUCUCCUUGAUCAAUCUUUGGAAAUGUUAAUGAUGAAAAAAAAAAAAAAGUAAACAUUUUCCAUGUCAAAAAGAAUGCCAAAUCAAUCAAUCAAUCAAUCAGACUUUAUUUAUAAAGCGCUUGUCAUACAGUGACAUUGUAACACAAAGUGCUGUAGAUAAAAACAACCUAAAAUAGAAUAAAUUAAGAAAAAGAUCCCACCCCAC